AUGAAUUCGUUGUCCAACACCAACACCCUCCCAAACUUCCCGCUCUUUGUGAGGCUCCUGGGCUUUGCCCAUCGCUUUGGAGCGUCACACGAUGCCAUAUUGGAUCUGAAAUCUGGCUCAGCCCAUUCUCACAUCCAGCUUCUGACCGAUGUUCUCUCCUUGCGCUUGGCCCUACUGCGAACAUUGGAUGCGCGAGCGAAACAACGGCUGCAAAACGACGAUGGCGAAGCCUUCUUCCUCUUACUUGCACAGCCGAGCUACGAAUAUGUUGUUGGCUUCCUAGCGAUUCUGGCGAUUGGCGGUAUCAUUGUCCCGGUAUCAGCGCAUGCUCCAUUGCGGGAGCUGAAGUACUUUGCUAUCCAGACUCCCCCACUUGCCGUGAUAUACCAUCCGAGCUGUAGAACUGCCGUCUCGAGCUUAGCACGGGAUAUAGCCGUGGAGAGUAAUGCCCGUACUCCGACCAUCGACAUACUGGACCAAUGCUCGCGCCAGCCACUGGCUCCGGGUGACAUCCACGUGGCGCCCUUUUGGUCACUGCACCCGGAGCGUCCCGGACUGGUCAUCUAUACAUCAGGAACCACUGGACCGCCCAAAGCUGUGCUGCUGCAACGCGAAAUUCUGUCCUCUGGCACUUUGGCUCUGGCAGACCAUUUCCAAUUGACCACGGAUGAUGUGCUACUCCACUGUAUGCCGCUUCACCAUAUAGCAGGAAUAACAGUCUGUUUCGUACCUUUCCUUCUUGCCGGAGCCCGAAUCGAAUUCACGACAUUCGAUGUUCAGCCGAUAUGGCAAAGGUGGAAGGACAGCGGCGUCACGGUCUUUGGCGGAGUACCUACAAUGUACAACCGCCUUUUGCGCGAAUAUGAAGACAACAUUAAAUCGUCGCCGAAUCAGAAGACAUACAUCGGCGGUCUUCGUCAGCUCCGCUUCCUAAUGUCGGGCACCUCCGCCUUACCGGCUCCGCUGCAACGCAAGUGGUCAGAUCUUACAGGCGGGAAGCCCAUAUUAGAGCGCUACGGCGCCACCGAGUUCAGUACAGCGAUCCUUACACCCUUGAGGCCUAACGGAGACGUGCCAGCUGGCUCCGUGGGCAAAGUUCUCUCCGGCUGCGAGGUAAAGCUCGCAAAUGGCAACGACAGUGAGAUCCUGAUCAAAGCCCCCGGCAUGUUCACAGGGUAUCACAACGAUCCAGCGGGCACGCGAAAGAGUUUCGACGCUCAAGGCUUCUUCAAAACGGGCGAUAUCGGUCGUCGGGAAGGGGAGUGGUGGUUCAUCUCCGGUCGAGCUUCGAUUGAUAUCAUUAAGACGGGGGGCUACAAGGUCUCAGCCCUCGAUGUUGAAAGAGAGCUCUCCGCCCUUCCCUACGUCUCCGAGGCCGCCGUCGUCGGUGUUAGCGACGACGAUCUCGGUCAGCGGGUAGCAGCUAUCGUUAUCCUUCGAGACGCUGGCACACUUGAUUUAUCACAAUUACGGGACGACUUGAGGGGAAGUCUUUCUUCUUACAAACUGCCUACACUGCUCUGCGUCGUUGAGCACUUGCCGAGGACUGCGAGCGGCAAGGUGAAGAAAGUCGAGGCGCGCAAAGAGAUCUUCGAGGGUGGGAGAAACCGUGCGUAUGUUGUUCAGUCGGCUCUGUCACCACGCAACAGCAGCGCUCGUCCGCAGGCACGUUUGUAA